GGAGCCGCUGCUAAGCGCGCUGGGAGCCGCGAUGGUGGAAAUGGAGAAAGCCCGACCUCAGUGGAGUAACUCCUUAGAGUUUGUGUUCGCCUGCAUUUCCUAUGCAGUGGGACUGGGGAACGUCUGGAGGUUUCCCUACUUAUGUCAAAUGUAUGGAGGGGGUGGGUUCCUGGUCCCUUAUCUCAUCAUGCUCAUUGUGGAAGGGAUGCCCCUUCUUUUUCUGGAGCUGGCAGUGGGGCAGCGUAUGCGGCAGGGGAGUAUCGGGACGUGGAAGACAAUAAGCCCCUAUCUUCAAGGAGUUGGCAUGGCCAGUGUGGUCGUCUCCUUCUUCGUCGCCACGUACUACAAUGUGAUUAACUCCUGGGCCUUUUGGUACCUCUUCCAUUCAUUCCAGGAUCCCUUGCCAUGGUCCAACUGCCCAUUGAAUAGUAACCGCACGGGUUAUGAUGAAGAAUGUGAACAAGCCUCAUCAACUCAGUACUUUUGGUACCGGAAAACCCUCAAUAUCUCACCCUCCAUUCAGGAGAAUGGGAGCAUCCAGUGGGAACAGACUUUGUGUCUCAUCUUAGCAUGGCUGGUGGUAUAUCUGUGCAUUCUGAGAGGCACAGAGUCAACUGGCAAGGUGGUCUAUGUAACUGCAUCCCUCCCUUACUGUGUUCUCAUCAUCUAUUUGGUUCGGGGUCUCACCCUGCAUGGAGCCACCAAUGGCCUUGUGUACAUGUUCACACCCAAGGGAUCAGCUUCUCUUCCACCUUUGACUUUGCAGCUAGAGCAGUUAGCAAACCCCAAAACCUGGAUCAGUGCAGCCACACAGAUCUUCUACUCCCUUGGCCUCGGGUUCGGCAGCCUGAUUGCCUUUGCCAGCUACAAUGAUCCGUCCAACAAUUGCCAGAAGCAUGCCGUCAUUGUGUCCCUGCUUAACAGUUCCACGUCCAUCUUUGCCAGUAUCGUCACGUUCUCCAUCUAUGGCUUCAAGGCCACUUUCAACUACGAGAACUGCAUCAAUAAGGUGAUCUUGCUGCUGACCAACACCUUUGACCUUGAAGAUGGCUUUCUGACCUCAGGAAAUCUGGAGGAGAUGAAAGCUCACCUAGCAUCUGCCUUCCCACAGGAAUACAGUGAAGUGUUCCCACAGAUUAAAAACUGCAGUUUGGAAUCAGAACUAGAUACUGCUGUCCAGGGGACUGGACUGUCAUUUAUUGUCUACACUGAAGCCAUUAAAAACAUGGAGGUGUCCCAGCUGUGGUCAGUGCUAUACUUCAUUAUGCUGCUGACGCUGGGGAUAGGAAGCAUGUUGGGAAACACUGCCGCCAUCCUCACUCCUCUGACAGACAGCAAGUUUAUUUCAAGCCACGUGCCCAAGGAGGUGAUCUCAGGUCUUAUAUGCUUCAUUAGCUGUAUCGUUGGGCUAGUGUUCACCUUGGAAUCAGGAAGCUACUGGUUUGACAUAUUCAACGACUACGCUGCCACCCUCUCCCUGCUGCUCAUUGUGCUGGUGGAAAUAAUUUCUGUUUGUUAUAUUUAUGGCCUAAGAAGAUUUGGAAAUGAUCUUCAAGUCAUGACAGGGUACAAGCUAAACUGGUAUUGGAAAAUUAUGUGGGCUAUUGUAAGUCCCUUGCUUAUCAUCGGCCUGUUUAUUUUUUACAUGACGGACUAUAUCCUCGCAGGAACUCUGCAGUACCAAGCCUGGGAUGCAAAACAGGGCCAUCUGGUAACCAGAGAUUAUCCUGGUCAAGCCUUGACAGUGAUUGGCCUUCUUGUGGCCUCUUCCCUCAUGUUCAUCCCCCUGGCGGCUUUGGGAACCUUCAUCAUGAACAGAUGGAAAAGAGAAAACACAUCUGCUAUGGUGUGAGCAGCAGGAUUCCCGAAGAUGUCUUUUUGGAGCAUUUGAAAGAACUGUGUACUCAGACGUCCGUUUUGUGUAGUUCACAUUUAUAGAUUUACUUUCUUUGGAUGCCUUUUUAUUUUUAUUUUUUAACAUGCCAGUAGUACUCUGGAGAAAGUCUCUCAGCUUUCAGGGCUUUUAAGGAGGAAAUAAGACCAUAUGGCCAAAGGACAACCAUUCAAGAAACCCCACAAACUACUCAUGACUUCCUCUCAUUUGUCCUUUCCAGGAAGGUUACUUAGGACUAAUUUGUUAGCAAAAGCACCUAAAGGAAAACAGGCUCUGUGAAGAGAUUUGAAAGUGACUUCCUUAUCAUUUGUGGGAACGUAUAGUCAGUAUCCUCUGUUUAUAUGGGAUCUGGUUGAAUUCAAGUUUUCAUUUUUCUCCUCCGGGGAAAAAGGCACAGCCCUAGGGAAAGUAUGUUAAGGGAACCCAGGCUCUUUGAUCAAGUUAGCAUAUUUAAGAAUAGUCAAGAGAAGUACAGAUGUCCUAGGUACAAAAUCUUUUAGAAUAUAAACAAAUAGGCAGUGUCCAUUCUGUAAUAGAGCAUUCAUUUCUUUUGGAGAUUUAAGAUGAAGUAUGAAACUAUUUCAGUGGUACAAGUAAGUGCCAGGUAAAGAAAUUCAACCUACCAGCAUUGCCAGGCUGGCACCUCUGCAGUUUGUAAGUUUUAGAGAUCUAGAGCAGUAAGAGGUUCGGGUUACACAGCCAAUAUUUGUCAAAGGUGGAAUUCGGACCUAGGUCUUCAUGACUCUGAGUCUGGUUCUCUUUUUUAUGCCAUGGAUGACUUUUUGAGGAUUUGUCCUUCUGAAUUUACCAACAUGGUGUCAACAGCAAGGUCAGCUGGAACACAAAGCAAGAAGGUAUCCAUCUGGGUGGCCACUGGGAGCAUCUUCUUUUCAUUAAAUCCACAGCUUUUUUCUUUUUUUUUUUUGGAGAAGUGGGAGGAUUCUCUGGUCCCUUCCUGGACAGAGUACUCCCCCAUCUCUAACAAGUCUGACUCUGCAAGCUGUCCCUAACUACUUGGGAGGGUCUGCCGUAGAACCCAAGGCUGAUCCCAUAUCAUGAUGAGGCAUCAGAGAAAGUUGUUAGUCAUUUGGCAUAAAGCAUUCUCUAAUACAAAUAAAUAAGACAGCCAUGUGGCCUGACAUAACGUAAUACAAACCAAUUAUUGACCAGUAUUUAUUAAACACCUACUAACAUUCUUAUCAUUAUCAUUUCUGCUCCAUUUUUAUUGUGAUGAACUAGGAAAUGAUCAUAGAAUUAGGAUUGUAGAAUUUAGAAAGGGUUUCUGUGGGUAGAUUUUGUUAAGGACAUUGAAACUUUGGGAGAGACCAAAGUCCACACGACAACUUUUUGAGAAACUUACUCAACAUUCAUCCAACACAUACUUGCUGAGGACCUAAUACGUGCAUAGGUAGUAAGGAGUAUCCAAAUAUGAAUAAGCUAUGAUGCUUGUCCUCAAGG